AUGGUUGUGACUCUAACGAAUCUGAUAAACCUUUUUGGGCGGGAAACCGCGGUUCGGAUGAUGAACCAGAUGCCGCUGGUGAUUGCUUUCACGUGGGAAACCCUAGAAUCGAAGAUUCGAUUUGUUGUGGAGGAUAUGGGGCGGGGGCUUGGUGACGUGGCGAUGUGGCCGGCGCUGCUGACGCGGAGCGUGGAGAAGAGGCUCCGUCCUCGUUAUAAGCUGCUGCUGGAAGCGGGUAAGGCGGAGAAGUACGGGCUUGGGUACAUGUUUGGAUGCAAAGACGUGGAUUUUGAAAAGAGAUUUGGACUGAAGCUGCCUAAGAACCGAGAGGAGGAAGAGGAGGAGGGGAGCAAGGAGGGGGGAGAGGAGAAACCGGAUGGGGGCGAGGGAAAGGAGGAAGAGGAGGAAGAAGUGGGAGAGGAGGGAGAGGAGGGAGAGGAGGAGGAAGUGCUAGUGGUGAAAGCAGUGGGGGAGGAGGGAGAAGGAUUGUUGGUUGUAAAAGCAAUAGUGGAAGAGGGAGAGGAGGAGGUGGUGGUGGUGGUGAAAGGAAUUGGGGCAGGUGGGGAGGAGGAGGAUGAGAGGGGGAAUGAUGGGAAGGAGGGGAGGGAGAGGGGGGAUGGGGAGGAUGAGGAGAAGAAGCAGGGGGAGGGGGGAAGGCAAGAGGAGCAAGAGGAAGGUAGGAGAGUAACUAGAACAGUUGAUUUGGAAAGUGCUGUGAAACAAACGUCCGCGGAAAAGGAAGGAGGGAGGUGA